AUGGAAAGCGGGAGAAUGGGGCGGGGUGAUGGAAAGCUUGAGAAUAGGCGCCGAAACGCCGAAACGCAUAACGCCGAAACGCCCCAUUCUCCCACUUUCCAUCACCCCGCCCCAUUCUCCCGCUUUCCAUCACCCCGCCCCAUUGUCCCGCUUUCCAUCACCCCGCCCCAUUCUCCCGCUUUCCAUCACCCCGCCCCAUUCUCCCUCUUUCCAUCACCCCGCCCCAUUCUCCCUCUUUCCAUCAUCCCACCCCAUUCUCCCUAUUUCCAUCACCCUGCCCCAUUCUUCCGCUUUCCAUCACCCCGCCCCAUUCUCCAGCUUUCCAUCACCCCGCCCCAUUCUCCCGCUUUCCAUCACCCCGCCCCAUUCUCCCGCUUUCCAUCACCCCGCCCCAUUCUUCCGCUUUCCAUCACCCCGCCCCAUUCUUCCGCUUUCCAUCACCCUGCCCCAUUCUCCAGCUUUCCAUCACCCCGCCCCAUUCUCCCGCUUUCCAUCACCUCGCCCCAUUCUCCCUCUUUUCAUCACCCCGCCCCAUUCUCCCUCUUUCCAUCACCCCGCCCCAUUCUCCCUCUUUCCAUCACCCCACCCCAUUCUCCCUUUUUCCAUCACCCCGCCCCAUUCUCCCGCUUUCCAUCACCCCGCCCCAUUCUCCCUCUUUCCAUCACCCCGCCCCAUUCUUCCGCUUUCCAUCACCCCGCCCCAUUCUCCCUAUUUCCAUCACCCCGCCCCAUUCUUCCGCUUUCCAUCACCCCGCCCCAUUCUCCAGCUUUCCAUCACCCCGCCCCAUUCUCCCGCUUUCCAUCACCCCGCCCCAUUCUCCCGCUUUCCAUCACCCCGCCCCAUUCUCCCGCUUUCCAUCACCCCGCCCCAUUCUCCCGCUUUCCAUCACCCCGCCCCAUUCUUCCGCUUUCCAUCACCCUGCCCCAUUCUCCAGCUUUCAAUCACCCCGCCCCAUUCUCCCGCUUUCCAUCACCCCGCCCCAUUCUCCCUCUUUUCAUCAUCCCGCCCCAUUCUCCCUCUUUCCAUCACCACGCCCCAUUCUCCCUCUUUCCAUCACCCCACCCCAUUCUCCCUAUUUCCAUCACCCCGCCCCAUUCUCCCGCUUUCCAUCACCCCGCCCCAUUCUCCCUCUUUCCAUCACCCCGCCCCAUUCUCUCUCUUUCCAUCACCCCGCCCCAUUCUCCCUCUUUCCAUCACCCCGCCCCAUUCUCCCGCUUUCCAUCACCCUGCCCCAUUCUCCCGCUUUCCAUCAUCCCGCCCCAUUCUCCCUCCUUCCAUCACCCCGCCCCAUUCUCCCGCUUUCCAUUACCCUGCCCCAUUCUCCCGCUUUCCAUCACCCCGCCCCAUUCUCCCUCUUUCCAUCACCCCGCCCCAUUCUCACGCUUUCCAUCAUCCCGCCCCAUUCUCCCGCUUUCCAUCACCCUGCCCCUUUCUUCCUCUUUCCAUCACCCCGCCCCAUUCUCCCGCUUUCCAUCUCCGCGCCCCAUUCUCCCGCUUUCCAUCACCCCGCCCCAUUCUCCCGCUUUCCAUCACCCCGCCCCAUUCUUCCGCUUUCCAUCACCCCGCCCAAUUCUCCCUCUUUCUAUCACCCCUCCCCAUUCUCCCGCUUUCCAUCACCCCGCCCCAUUCUACCGCUUUCCAUCAUCCCGCUCCAUUGUCCCGCUUUCCAUCACCCCGUCCCAUUAUCCCUCUUUCCAUCACCCCGCCCCAUUCUCCCGCUUUCCAUCACCCCGCCCCAUUCUUCCUCUUUCCAUCUCCCCGCCCCAUUCUCCCUCUUUCCAUCACCCCGCCCCAUUCUCCCUCUUUCCAUCACCCCGCCCCAUUCUCCCUCUUUCCAUCACCCCGCCCUAUUCUCCCGAUUUCGUCACCCCGCCUUAUUCUUCCUCUUUCCAUCACCCCGGCCCAUUCUUCCUCUUUCCAUCUCCCCGCCCCGUUCUCCCUCUUUCCAUCACCCCGCCCCAUUCUCCCUCUUUCCAUCACCCCGCCCCAUUCUUCCGAUUUCCGUCACCCCGCCCCAUUCUCCCUCUUUCCAUCACCCCGCCCCAUUCUCACUCUUUCCAUAACCCCGCCCCAUUCUCCCGAUUUCCAUCACCCCGCCCCAUUCUCACGCUUUCCAUCACCCCGCCCCAUUCUCCCUCUUUCCAUCACCCGCCCCAUUCUCCCGCUUCCCAUCACCCCGCCCCAUUCUCCCUCUAUCCAUCACCCCGCCCCAUUCUCCCUCUAUCCAUCACCCCGCCCCAUUCUCCCACUUUCCAUCACCCCGCCCCAUUCUCCCGCUUUCCAUCACCCCGCGCCAUUUUCCCUCUUUCCAUCACCCCGCCCCAUUCUCCCACUUUCCAUCACCCCGCCCCUUUCUCCCUCUUUCCAUCACCCCGCCCCAUUCUCCCGCUUUCCAUCACCCCGCCCCAUUCUCCCGCUUUCCAUCUCCCCACCCCAUUCUCCCGUUUUCCAUCACCCCGCCCCAUUCUCCCCCUUUCCAUCACCCCGCCCCAUUCUCCCUCUUUCCAUCACCCUGCCCCAUUGUCCCGCUUUCCAUCACCCCACCCCAUUCUCCCUCUUUCCAUCGCCCCGCCCCAUUCUUCCGCUUUUCAUCACCCCGCCCCAUUCUCCCUCUUUCCAUCACCCCACCCCAUUCCCCCUCUUUCCAUCAGCCUGCCCCAUUCUCCCGCUCUCCAUCACCCCGCCCUAUUCUCCCUAUUUCUAUCACCCCGCCCCAUUCUCCCGCUUUCCAUCACCCCGCCCCAUUCUCCCGCUAUCCAUCACCCCGCCCCAUUCUCCCGCUUUCCAUCACCCCGCCCCAUUCCCGCUUUCCAUCACCCCGCCCCAUUCUCCCGCUUUCCAUCACCCCGCCCCAUUCUCCCGCUUUCCAUCACCCCGCCCCAUUCUCCCGUUUUCCAUCACCCCGCCCCAUUCUCCCCCUUUCCAUCACCCCGCCCCAUUCUCCCUCUUUUCAUCACCCCGCCCUAUUCUCCCUCUUUCUAUCACCCCACCCCAUUCUCCCUCUUUCCAUCGCCCCGCCCCAUUCUUCCGCUUUUCAUCACCCCGCCCCAUUCUCCCUCUUUCCAUCACUCCGCCCCAUUCCCCCUCUUUCCAUCAGCCUGCCCCAUUCUCCCGCUCUCCAUCACCCCGCCCUAUUCUCCCUAUUUCUAUCACCCCGCCCCAUUCUCCCGCUUUCCAUCACCCCGCCCCAUUCUCCCGCUAUCCAUCACCCCGCCCCAUUCUCCCGCUUUCCAUCACCCCGCCCCAUUCCCGCUUUCCAUCACCCCGCCCCAUUCUCCCGCUUUCCAUCACCCCGCCCCAUUCUCCCGCUUUCCAUCACCCCGCCCCAUUCUCCCGCUUUCCAUCACCCCGCCCCAUUCUCCCGGUUUCCAUCACCCUGCCCCAUUCUCCCGCUUUCCAUCACCCCAAGCCAUUCUCCCUCUUUCCAUCACCCCGCCUCAUUCUCCGGCUUUCCAUCACCCCGCCCCAUUCUCCCGCUUUCCAUCACCCCGCCCCAUUGUCCCUCUUUCCAUCACCCCGCCCCAUUCUCCCUCUUUCCAUCACCCUGCCCCAUUCUCCCUCUUUCCAUCACCCCACCCCAUUCUCCCGCUUUCAAUCAACCCGCCCCAUUCUCCCGCUUUCCAUCACCCCGCCCCAUUCUCCCGCUUUCCAUCACCCCGCCCCAUUCUCCCGCUUUCCAUCACCCCGCCCCAUUCUCCCACUUUCCAUCAACCCGCCCCAUUCUCCCUCUUUCCAUCACCCCGCCCUAAUCUCCCUCUUUCCAUCACCCCGACCCAUUCUCCCGCUUUCCAUCACCCCGCCCCAUUCUCCCUCUUUCCAUCAGCCCGCCCAAUUCUCACGCUUUCCAUCACCCCGUCCCAUUCUCCCGCUUUCCAUCACCCCACCCCAUUCUCCCUCUUUCCAUUCCCCCGCCCCAUUCUCCCGCUUUCCAUGACCCUGCCCCAUUCUCCCGCUUUCCAUCACCCCGCUCCAUUCUCCCGCUUUUCAUCACCCCGCCCAAUUCUCCCUCUUUUCAUCACCCCUCCCCAUUCUCCCUCUUUCCAUCACCUCGCCCCAUUCUCCCGCUUUCUAUCACCCCACCCCAUUCUCCCUCUUUCCAUCACCCCGCCCCAUUCUCCCGAUUUCCAUCACCCCGCCCCAUUCUCCCGCUUUCCAUCACCCCGCCCCAUUCUCCCUCUUUCCAUCAGCCCGCCCCAUUCUCCCUCUUUCCAUCACCCCGCCCCAUUCUCCCGCUUUCCAUCACCCCGCCCCAUUCUCCCGCUUUCCAUCACCCCGCCCCAUUCUCCCUCUUUCCAUCACCCUGCCCCAUUCUCCCUCUAUCCAUCACCCCGCCAAAUUCUCCCGCUUUCAAUCACCCCGCCCCAUUCUCCCUCUAUCCAUCACCCCACCCAAUUCUUCUCUUUCCAUCACCCCGCCCCAUUCUCCCGCUUUCCAUCACCCCGCCCAAUUCUCCCUCUUUUCAUCACCCCUCCCCAUUCUCCCUCUUUCCAUCACCUCGCCCCAUUCUCCCUCUUUCCAUCACCCCGCCCCAUUCUCCCUCUUUCCAUCACCUCGCCCCAUUCUCCCUCUUUCCAUCACCCCGCCCCAUUCUCCCGCUUUCCAUCACCCCGCCCCAUUCUCCCGCUUUCCAUCACCCCGCCCCAUUCUCCCGCUUUCCAUCACCCCGCCCCAUUCUCCCGCUUUCCAUCACCCCGCCCCAUUCUUCCGCUUUCCAUCACCCUGCCCCAUUCUCCAGCUUUCCAUCACCCCGCCCCAUUCUCCCGCUUUCCAUCACCCCGCCCCAUUCUCCCUCUUUUCAUCAUCCCGCCCCAUUCUCCCUCUUUCCAUCACCCCGCCCCAUUCUCCCUCUUUCCAUCACCCCACCCCAUUCUCCCUAUUUCCAUCACCCUGCCCCAUUCUCCCGCUUUCCAUCACCCCGCCCCAUUCUCCCUCUUUCCAUCGCCCCGCCCUAUUCUCUCUCUUUCCAUCACCCCGCCCCAUUCUCCCUCUUUCCAUCACCCCGCCCCAUUCUCCCGCUUUCCAUCACCCCUACCCAUUCUCCCUCCUUCCAUCACCCCGCCCCAUUCUCCCUCCUUCCAUCGCCCCGCCCUAUUCUCCCUCCUUCCAUUACCCCGCCCCAUUCUCCCGCUUUCAAUCACCCCGCCCCAUUCUCCCACUUUCCAUCACCCCGUCCCAUUCUCCCGCUUUCCAACACCCCGCCCCAUUCUCCCGCUUUCCAUCACCCCGCCCCAUUCUCCCGCUAUCGAUCACCCCGCCCGAUUCUCCCGCUUUCCAUCACCCCGCCCCAUUCUCCCGCCUUCCAUCACCCCGCCCCAUUCUCCCGCUUUCCAUCACCCCGCCCCAUUCUCCCGCUUUCCAUCACCCCGCCCCAUUCUCCCUCCUCCCAUCACCCCGCCCCUUUCCCCCUCCUUCCAUCACCCCGCCCCAUUCUCCCGCUUUCCAUCACCCCGCCCCAUUCUCCCGCUUUCUAUCACCCCACCCCAUUCUCCAUCUUUUCAUCACCCCGCCCCGUUCUCCCGCUUUCCAUCACCCCGCACCAUUCUCCCGCUUUCCAUCACCCCGCACCAUUCUCCCGCUUUCCAUCACUCCGCCCCAUUCCCCCUCCUUCCAUCACCCCGCCCCAUUCUCCUGCCUUCCAUCACCCCGCCCCAUUCUCCCGCUUUCCAUCACCCCGCCCCAUUCUCCCGCUUUCCAUCACCCCGCCCCAUUCUCCCUCCUCCCAUCACCCCGCCCCAUUCCCCCUCCUUCCAUCACCCCGCCCCAUUCUCCCGCUUUCCAUCACCCCGCCCCAUUCUCCCGCUUUCUAUCACCCCACCCCAUUCUCCAUCUUUUCAUCACCCCGCCCCGUUCUCCCGCUUUCCAUCACCCCGCACCAUUCUCCCGCUUUCCAUCACCCCGCCCCAUUCUCCCUCCUUCCAUCACCCCGCCCCAUACUCCCGCUUUCCAUCACCCCGCCUCAUUCUCCCGCUUCCCAUAACCCCACCCCAUUCUCCCGCUUUCCAUCACCCCGCCACAUUCUCCCGCUUUCUAUCACCCCGCCCCAUUCUCCCUCCUUCCAUCAACCCGCCCCAUUCUCCCGCUUUCCAUCACCCCGCCCCAUUCUCCCGAUUUCCAUCACCCCGCCCCAUUCUCCCGCUUUCCAUCACCCCGCCCCAUUCUCCCGCUUUCCAUCACCCUGCCCCAUUCUCCCGCUUUCCAUCAUCCCGCCCCAUUCUCCCUCCUUCCAUCACCCCGCCCCAUUCUCCCGCUUUCCAUCACCCCACCCCAUUCUCCCUCUUUCCAUCACCCCGCCCCAUUCUCACGCUUUCCAUCAUCCCGCCCAAUUCUCCCGCUUUCCAUCACCCCGCCCCUUUCUUCCUCUUUCCAUCACCCCGCCCCAUUCUCCCGCUUUCCAUCUCCGCGCCCCAUUCUCCCGCUUUCCAUCACCCCGCCCCAUUCUCCCGCUUUCCAUCACCCCGCCCCAUUCUUCCGCUUUCCAUCACCCCGCCCAAUUCUCCCUCUUUCUAUCACCCCUCCCCAUUCUCCCGCUUUCCAUCACCCCGCCCCAUUCUACCGCUUUCCAUCAUCCCGCUCCAUUGUCCCGCUUUCCAUCACCCCGUCCCAUUAUCCCUCUUUCCAUCACCCCGCCCCAUUCUCCCGCUUUCCAUCACCCCUCCCCAUUCUUCCUCUUUCCAUCUCCUCGCCCCAUUCUCCCUCUUUCCAUCACCCCGCCCCAUUCUCCCUCUUUCCAUCACCCCGCCCCAUUCUCCCUCUUUCCAUCACCCCGCCCCAUUCUCCCGAUUUCCCUGCCCCAUUCUCCCGCUCUCCAUCACCCCGCCCUAUUCUCCCAAUUUCUAUCACCCCGCCCCAUUCUCCCGCUUUCCAUCACCCCGCCCCAUUCUCCCGCUAUCCAUCACCCCGCCCCAUUCUCCCGCUUUCCAUCACCCCGCCCCAUUCCCGCUUUCCAUCACCCCGCCCCAUUCUCCCGCUUUCCAUCACCCCGCCCCAUUCUCCCGCUUUCCAUCACCCCGCCCCAUUCUCCCGUUUUCCAUCACCCCGCCCCAUUCUCCCCCUUUCUCUCACCCCGCCCCAUUCUCCCUCUUUUCAUCACCCCUCCCUAUUCUCCCUCUUUCUAUCACCCCACCCCAUUCUCCCUCUUUCCAUCGCCCCGCCCCAUUCUUCCGCUUUUCAUCACCCCGCCCCAUUCUCCCUCUUUCCAUCACCCCGCCCCAUUCCCCCUCUUUCCAUCAGCCUGCCCCAUUCUCCCGCUCUCCAUCACCCCGCCCUAUUCUCCCUAUUUCUAUCACCCCGCCCCAUUCUCCCGCUUUCCAUCACCCCGCCCCAUUCUCCCGCUAUCCAUCACCCCGCCCCAUUCUCCCGCUUUCCAUCACCCCGCCCCAUUCCCGCUUUCCAUCACCCCGCCCCAUUCUCCCGCUUUCCAUCACCCCGCCCCAUUCUCCCGCUUUCCAUCACCCUGCCCCAUUCUCCCGCUUUCCAUCACCCCAAGCCAUUCUCCCUCUUUCCAUCACCCCGCCUCAUUCUCCCGCUUUCAAUCACCCCGCCCCAUUCUCCCGCUUUCCAUCACCCCGCCCCAUUGUCCCUCUUUCCAUCACCCCGCCCCAUUCUCCCUCUUUCCAUCACCCUGCCCCAUUCUCCCUCUUUCCAUCACCCCACCCCAUUCUCCCGCUUUCAAUCACCCCGCCCCAUUCUCCCGCUUUCCAUCACCCCGCCCCAUUCUCCCGCUAUCCAUCACCCCGCCCCAUUCUCCCGCUUUCCAUCACCCCGCCCCAUUCCCGCUUUCCAUCACCCCGCCCCAUUCUCCCGCUUUCCAUCACCCCGCCCCAUUCUCCCGCUUUCCAUCACCCUGCCCCAUUCUCCCGCUUUCCAUCACCCCAAGCCAUUCUCCCUCUUUCCAUCACCCCGCCUCAUUCUCCCGCUUUCCAUCACCCCGCCCCAUUCUCCCGCUUUCCAUCACCCCGCCCCAUUGUCCCUCUUUCCAUCACCCCGCCCCAUUCUCCCUCUUUCGAUCACCCUGCCCCAUUCUCCCUCUUUCCAUCACCCCACCCCUUUCUCCCGCUUUCAAUCACCCCGCCCCAUUCUCCCGCUUUCCAUCACCCCGCCCCAUUGUCCCUCUUUCCAUCACCCCGCCCCAUUCUCCCUCUUUCCAUCAGCCUGCCCAAUUCUCACGCUUUCCAUCACCCCGUCCCAUUCUCCCGCUUUCCAUCACCCCGCCCCAUUCUCCCUCUUUCCAUUCCCCCGCCCCAUUCUCCCGCUUUCCAUGACCCUGCCCCAUUCUCCCGCUUUCCAUCACCCCGCUCCAUUCUCCCGCUUUUCAUCACCCCGCCCAAUUCUCCCUGUUUUCAUCACCCCUCCCCAUUCUCCCUCUUUCCAUCACCUCGCCCCAUUCUCCCUCUUUCUGUCACCCCGCCCCAUUCUCCCUGUUUCCAUCACCUCGCCCCAUUCUCCCUCUUUCCAUCUCCCCGCCCCAUUCUCCCGCUUUCCAUCACCCCGCCCCAUUCUCCCUCUUUCCAUCACCCCGCCCCAUAUUCCCGCCUUUCAUCACCCCGCCCCAUUCUCCCGCUUUCCAUCACCCCGCCCAAUUCUCCCGCUUUCCAUCACCCCGCCCCAUUCUCCCGCCUUCCAUCACCCCGCCCCAUUCUCCCUCUUUCCAUCACCCCGCCCCAUUCUCACGCUUUCCAUCACCCCGCCCCAAUCUCCCUCUUUCCAUCACCCCGCCCCAUUCUCCCACUUUCCAUCACCCCGCCCCAUUCUCCCUCUAUCCAUCACCCCGCCCCAUUCUCUCGCUUUCCAUCACCCCGCCUUAUUCUCCCGUUUUCCAUCACCCCGCCCCAUUCUCCCGAUUUCCAUCACCCCGCCCCAUUCUCCCGCUUUCCAUCACCCCGCCCCAUUCUUCCGAUUUCCAUCACCCCGCCCCAUUGUCCCUCUUUCCAUCACCCCGCCCCAUUCUCCCUCUUUCCAUCAGCCUGCCCAAUUCUCACGCUUUCCAUCACCCCGUCCCAUUCUCCCGCUUUCCAUCACCCCGCCCCAUUCUCCCUCUUUCCAUUCCCCCGCCCCAUUCUCCCGCUUUCCAUGACCCUGCCCCAUUCUCCCGCUUUCCAUCACCCCGCUCCAUUCUCCCGCUUUUCAUCACCCCGCCCAAUUCUCCCUCUUUUCAUCACCCCUCCCCAUUCUCCCUCUUUCCAUCACCUCGCCCCAUUCUCCCGCUUUCUAUCACCCCACCCCAUUCUCCCUCUUUCCAUCACCCCGCCCCAUUCUCCCGAUUUCCAUCACCCCGCCCCAUUCUCCCGCUUUCCAUCACCCCGCCCCAUUCUCCCUCUUUCCAUCAGCCCGCCCCAUUCUCCCUCUCUCCAUCACCCCGCCCCAUUCUCCCGCUUUCCAUCACCCCGCCCCAUUCUCCCGCUUUCCAUCACCCCGCCCCAUUCUCCCUCUUUCCAUCACCCUGCCCCAUUCUCCCUCUAUCCAUCACCUCGCCCAAUUCUCCCGCUUUCCAUCACCCCGCUCCAUUCUCCCUCUAUCCAUCACCCCACCCAAUUCUUCUCUUUCCAUCACCCCGCCCCAUUCUCCCGCUUUCCAUCACCCCGCCCAAUUCUCCCUCUUUUCAUCACCCCUCCCCAUUCUCCCUCUUUCCAUCACCUCGCCCUAUUCUCCCUCUUUUUGUCACCCCGCCCCAUUCUCCCUGUUUCCAUCACCUCGCCCCAUUCUCCCUCUUUCCAUCUCCCCGCCCCAUUCUCCCGCUUUCCAUCACCCCGCCCCAUUCUCCCUCUUUCCAUCACCCCGCCCCAUUCUCCCGCCUUUCAUCACCCCGCCCCAUUCUCCCGCUUUCCAUCACCCCGCCCAAUUCUCCCGCUUUCCAUCACCCCGCCCCAUUCUCCCGCCUUCCAUCACCCCGCCCCAUUCUCCCUCUUUCCAUCACCCAGCCCCAUUCUCACGCUUUCCAUCACCCCGCCCCAAUCUCCCUCUUUCCAUCACCCCGCCCCAUUCUCCCACUUUCCAUCACCCCGCCCCAUUCUCCCUCUAUCCAUCACCCCGCCCCAUUCUCUCGCUUUCCAUCACCCCGCCUUAUUCUCCCGUUUUCCAUCACCCCGCCCCAUUCUCCCGAUUUCCAUCACCCCGCCCCAUUCUCCCGCUUUCCAUCACCCCGCCCCAUUCUUCCGAUUUCCAUCACCCCGCCCCAUUCUCCCGCUUUCCAUCAACCCGCCCCAUUCUCCCGCUUUCCAUCACCCUGCCCCAUUCUCACUCUUUCCAUCACCCCUCCCAAUUCUCCCUCUUUCCAUCACCCCGCCCCAUUCUCCUACUUUCUAUCUCCCCGCCCCAUUCUCCCUCUUUCCAUCACCUCGCCCCAUUCUCCCGCCUUCCAUCACCCUGCCCCAUUCUCCAUCUUUCCAUCACCCUGCCCAAUUCUUCCCCUUUCCAUCACCCCGCCCCAUUCUGCCGCCAUCCAUCACCCCGCCCCAUUCUCCCUCUUUCCAUCACCCCGCCCUAUUCUCUCGCUUUCCAUCACCCCGCCCCAUUUUCCCGAUUUCCAUCACCCCGCCCCAUUCUCCCGCUUUCCAUCACCCCGCCCCAUUCUCCCGCUUUCCAUCACCCCGCCCCAUUCUCCCGCUUUCCAUAACCCCGCCCCAUUCUCCCGCUUUCCAUCACCCUGCCCCAUUCUCCCGCUUUCCAUCACCCCGCCCCAUUCUCCCGCUUUCCAUCACCCCGCCCCAUUCUCCCUCUUUCCAUCACCCCGCCCCAUUCUCCCGCUUUCCAUCACCCUACCCCAUUUUCACUCUUUCCAUCACCCCGCUCCAUUCUCCCGCUUUCCAUCACCCCGCCCAAUUCUCCCUCUUUCCAUCACCCCUCCCCAUUCUCCCUCUUUCCAUCACCCCGCCCCAUUCUCCCGCUUUCCAUCACCCCGCCCCAUUCUCCGUCUUUCCAUCACCCGGCCCCAUUCUCCUGCUUUCCAUCACCCCGCUCCAUUCUCCCGCUUUCAAUCACCCCGCCCGCUCCAUUCUCCCGCUUUCCAACACCCUGCCCCAUUCUCACUCUUUCCAUCACCCCUCCCCAUUCUCCCUCUUUCAAUCUCCCCGCACCAUUCUCCUGCUUUCUAUCACCCCGCCCCAUUCUCCCUCUUUCCAUCACCCCGCCCCAUUCUCCCGCCUUCCAUCACCCCGCCCCAUUCUCCAUCUUUCCAUCACCCUGCCCAAUUCUCCCCCUUUCCAUCACCCCGCCCCAUUCUCCCGCCUUCCAUCACCCCGCCCCAUUCUCCCUCUUUCCAUCACCCCGCCCCAUUCUCCCGCUUUCCAUCACCCCGCCCCAUUUUCCCGAUUUCCAUCACCCCGCCCCAUUCUCCCGCUUUCCAUCACCCCGCCCCAUUCUCUCGCUUUCCAUCACCCCGCCCCAUUCUCCCGCUUUCCAUCACCCCGCCCCAUUCUCCCGCUUUCCAUCACCCAGCCCCAUUCUCCCUCUUUCCAUCACCCCGCCCCAUUCUCCCGCAUUCCAUCACCCUGCCCCAUUUUCCCUCCUUCCAUCACCCCGCUCCAUUCUCCCGCUUUCCAUCACCCCGCCCAAUUCUCCCUCUUUCCAUCACCCCUCCCCAUUCUCCCUCUUUCCAUCACCCCGCCCCAUUCUCCCGCUUUCCAUCACCCCGCCCCAUUCUCCCUCUUUCCAUCACCCCGCCCCAUUCUCCCUCUUUCCAUCACCCCGCCCCAUUCUCCCGCUUUCCAUCACCCCGCCCCAUUCUCCCUCUUUCCAUCACCCCGCCCCAUUCUCCCGCUUUCCAUCACCCCGCCCCAUUCUCCCUCUUUCCAUCACCACGCCCCAUUUUCCCUCUUUCCAUCACCCCGCCCCAUUCUCCCGCUUUCCAUCACCCCGCCCCAUUCUCUCGCUUUCGAUCACCCCGCUCCAUUCUCCCGCUUUCCAUCACCCCGCCCAAUUCUCCCUCUUUCUAUCACCCCUCUCCAUUCUUCCUCUUUCCAUCACCCCGCCCCAUUCUCCCGCCUUUCAUCACCCCGCCCCAUUCUCCCGCUUUCCAUCACCCCGCCCAAUUCUCCCGCUUUCCAUCACCCCGCCCAAUUCUCCCGCCUUCCAUCACCCCGCCCCAUUCUCCCUCUUUCCACUACCCCGCCCCAUUCUCACGCUUUCCAUCACCCCACCCCAUUGUCCCUCUUUCCAUCACCCCGCCCCAUUCUCCCGCUUUCCAUCACCCCGCCCCAUUCUCCCUCUAUCCAUCACCCCGCCCAAUUCUCCCACUUUCCAUCACCCCAUCCCAUUCUCCCGUUUUCCAUCACCCCGCCCCAUUCUCACGCUUUCCAUCACCCCGCCUUAUUCUCCCGCUUUCCAUCACCCCGCCCCAUUCUCCCGAUUUCCAUCACCCCGCCCCAUUCUCCGCUUUCCAUCACCCCGCCCCAUUCUCCCGAUUUCCAUCACCCCGCCCCAUUCUCCCGCUUUCCAACACCCUGCCCCAUUCUCCCGCUUUCCAUCACCCCACCCCAUUCUCACUCUUUCCAUCACCCCUCCCAUUCUCCCUCUUUCCAUCACCCCGCCCCAUUCUCCUGCUUUCUAUCACCCCGCCCCAUUCUCCCUCUUUCCAUCACCCCGCCCCAUUCUCCCGCCUUCCAUCACCCCGCCCCAUUCGCCAUCAUUCCAUCACCCUGCCCAAUUCUCCCCCUUUCCAUCACCCCGCCCCAUUCUCCCGCCUUCCAUCACCCCGCCCCAUUCUCCCUCUUUCCAUCAUCCCGCCCCAUUCUCCCGCUUUCCAUCACCCCGCCCCAUUUUCCCAAUUUCCAUCACCCCGCCCCAUUCUCCCGCUUUCCAUCACCCCGCCCCAUUCUCCCGCUUUCCAUCACCCCGCCCCAUUCUCCCGCUUUCCAUCACCCAGCCCCAUUCUCCCGCUUUCCAUCACCCCGCCCCAUUCUCCCGCUUUCCAUCACCCCGCCCCAUUCUCCCUCUUUCCAUCACCCCGCCCCAUUCUCCCACAUUCCUUCACCCCGCCCCAUUUUCCCUCGUUCCAUCACCCCGCUCCAUUCUCCCGCUUUCCAUCACCCCGCCCAAUUCUCCCUCUUUCCAUCACCCCUCCCCAUUCUCCCUCUUUCCAUCACCCCGCCCCAUUCCCCCGCUUUCCAUCACCACGCCCCAUUCUCCCUCUUUCCACCACCCCGCCCCAUUCUCCCUCUUUCCAUCACCCCGCCCCAUUCUCCCGCUUUCCAUCACCCCGCCCCAUUCUCCCUCUUUCCAUCACCCCGCCCCAUUCUCCCGCUUUCCAUCACCCCGCCCCGUUCUCCCUCUUUCCAUCACCCCGCUCCAUUCUCCCGCUUUCCAUCACCCCGCCCAAUUCUCCCUCUUUCCAUCACCCCGCCCCAUUCUCCCUCUUUCCAUCACCCCGCCCCAUUCUCCCGCUUUCCAACACCCCGCUCCAUUCUCCCGCUUUCCAUCACCCCGCCCAAUUCUCCCGCUUUCCAUCACCACGCCCCAUUUUCCCUCUUUCCAUCACCCCGCCCCAUUCUCCCGCUUUCCAUCACCCCGCCCCAUUCUCCCGCUUUCCAUCACCCCGCUCCAUUCUCCCGCUUUCCAUCACCCCGCCCAAUUCUCCCUCUUUCUAUCACCCCUCUCCAUUCUCCCUCUUUCCAUCACCCCGCCCCAUUCUCCCGCUUUCCAUCACCCCGCCCCAUUCUCCCUCUUUCCAUCACCCCGCCCCAUUCUCCCUCUUUCCAUCACCCCGCCCCAUUUUCUCGCUUUCCAUCACCCCGCCCCAUUCUCCCUCUUUCUAUCACCCCGCCCCAUUCUCCCGCUUUCUAUCACCCCGCCUCAUUCUCCUGCUUUCCAUCACCCCGCUCCAUUCUCCCGCUUUUGAUCACCCCGCCCAAUUCUCCCUCUUUCCAUCACCCCUCCCCAUUCUCCCUCUUUCCAUCAACCCGCCCCAUUCUCCCGCUUUCCAUCACCCCGCCCCAUUCUCCCUCUUUCCAUCACCCCGCCCCAUUCUCUCGCUUUCCAUCACCCCGCCCCAUUCUCCCUCUUUCCAUCACCCCGCCCCAUUCUCCCGCUUUCCAUCACCCGCCCCAUUCUCCCGCUUUCCAUCAUCCCGCCCCAUUCUCCCUCUAUCCAUCACCUCGCCCCAUUCUCCCGCCUUCCAUCACCCCGCCCCAUUCUCCCGCUUUCCAUCACCCCACCCCAUUCUCCUGCUUUCCCCCCACCCCAUUCUCUCGAUUUGCAUCACCCCGCCCCAUUCUCCCGCCUUCCAUCACCCUGCCCCAUUCUCCCUCUUUCCAUCACCCCGCCCCAUUCUCCCGCUUUCCAUCACCCCGCCCCAUUCUCCCUCUUUCUAUCACCCUGCCCCAUUCUCCCGCUUUCCAUCACCCCGCCCGCUUUCCAUCACCCCGCUCCAUUCUCCCGAUUUCCAUCACCCCGCCCAAUUCUCCCUCUUUCCAUCACCCCUCCCCAUUCUCCCUCUUUCCAUCAAACCGCCCCAUUCUCCCGCUUUCCAUCACCCCGGCCCAUUCUCCCUCUUUCCAUCACCCCGCCCCAUUCUCUCGCUUUCCAUCACCCCGCCCCAUUCUCCCUCUUUCCAUCACCCCGCCCCAUUCUCCCGCUUUCCAUCACCCCACCCCAUUCUCCCGAUUUGCAUCACCCCGCCCCAUUCUCCCGCCUUCCAUCACCCCGCCCCAUUCUCCCUCUUUCCAUCACCCCGCCCCAUUCUCCCGCUUUCCAUCACCCCGCCCCAUUCUCCCUCUUUCCAUCACCCCGCCCCAUUCUCCCGCUUUCCAUCACACCACCCCAUUCUCCCGCUUUCCAUCACCUCGCCCUAUUUUCUCUCUUUCCAUCACCCCGCUCCAUUCUCCCGCUUUCCAUCACCCCGCCCUAUUCUCCCGCUUUCCAUCACCCCGCACCAUUCUCCCGCUUUCCAUCACCCUGCCCCAUUCUCCCGCUUUCCAUCACCCCGUCCCAUUCUCCCGCUUUCCAUCACCCCUCCCCGUUCUCCCUCCUUCCAUCACCCCGCCCCAUUCUCCCGCUUUCCAUCACACCGACCUAUUCUCACGCUUUCCAUCACCCCGCCCUAUUCUCCUGCUUUCCAUCACCCCGCCCCAUUCUCCCUCCUUCCAUCACCCCGCCCCAUUCUCCCGCUUUCCAUCAACCGCUCCAUUCUCCCGCUUUCCAUCACCCCGCCCCAUUCUCCCGCUUUCCAUCACCCCGCCCCAUUCUUCCGCAUUCCAUCACCCCGCCCCAUUUUCCCGCUUUGCGUCACCCCGCCCCAUUCUCCCGCUUUCCAUCACCCCGCCCCAUUCUCCCGCUUUCCAUCACCCCGCCCCAUUCUCCCGCUUUCCAUCACCCCGUCCCAUUCUCCCGCUUUCCAUGACCCCUCCCCAUUCUCCCUCCUUCCAUCAUCCCGCCCCAUUCUCCCGCUUUCCAUCACACUGCCCUAUUCUCACGCUUUCCAUCACCCCGCCCCAUUCUCCUGCUUUCCAUCACCCCGCCCCAUUCUCCCUCCUUCCAUCACCCCGCCCCAUUCUCCCUCCUUCCAUAACCCCGCCCCAUUCUCCCGCUUUCCAUCACCCCGCCCCAUUCUCCCGCUUUCCAUCACCCCGCCCCAUUCUCCCGCUUUCCCUCACCCCGCCCCAGUCUCCCGCAUUUCAUAGCCCCGCCCUAUUCUCCCGCUCUCCAUCACCUCGCCCCCUUCUCCCGCUUUCCAUCACCCCGGCCCAAUCUCCCUCCUUCCAUCACCCCACCCCAUUCUCCCUCCUUGCAUCACCCCGCCCCAUUCUCCCGCUUUCCAUCACCCCGCCCCAUUCUCCCGCUUUCCUUCACCCCGCCCCAUUCUCCCGCUUUCCAUCACCCCGCCCCAUUCUCCCACUUUUCAUCACUCCGCCCCAUUCUCCUGCUUUCCAUCACCCCGCCCCAUUCUCCAGCUUUCCAUCACCCCGCCCCAUUCUCCCGCUUUCCAUCACCCCGCCCCGUUCUCCCACUUUCUGUUGA